AUGUCUUCUAUCCUACCACCCCUACCGCCUUAUCUGGUGUAUUAUCCCCAGUACGGUCUAAUAGCCUGUGCUACACACCAGCAAGCACUAUAUGAGACUAAAAUUCUUGAUCAUGUAAUCAAGUUCCACCACAAUCUGUCUCUUACCGAGGCUGAUCUAGCUAGCUAUCGGCUGCUAUCUUUGGCUACUAGCCACCAUCUGAUCUUGGAAAUUCAGCCUAUUCCGCCGCUACCGACACUUAAACUACCACAAAACGGCUAUCAAUGCAAACUAUGCAAAUCUCUCCAUCUGAGCCAGCGUAGAUCCCGUGACCAUCUACGUGAGAGCCAUAGGAUUACAGGCUAUACAGCUCAGGAUGCAGAAGCUACUAUAUGCCCGAUCCAAGCCUUAGAGGGCUCAGCCUAUCUUUUUCGUGUUACCGAGCCUAGGCUAUCUUUGCCUACUACUCUCACUCGCAAGAGAUCUAGAGAGCUCUCUCUCUCAGGCUCGGUCCCUAGCCCAGGCCAGCGGCUAAAGAUAGCUACUCUGUCUCAGCUAGUUGGGCCUAGCCAGCCAGCUGCGCUCUCUCAGCCAACUGCGCUCUCUCAGCUAACCGGGCUCUCUCAGCCAACCGGGCUCUCUCAGCCAACUGGGUUCUCUCAGCCAGCCGGGUCUAGCCAGCCAGCCGGGCCUAGCCAGCCAGCCGGGCUCAGCCAGCCAACUGGGCUCUCUCAGCCUACCAGGCCUAGCCAGCUAACCGGGCUCAGCCAGCCAACCCAACAAGCUCUCCCUACCCAGUUUUUAGCUAGCCUGGCUAAUCUACGGAGCUCUCUUAAACAAUCUAGGGUAAUCCAACCCCUUGAUGAGACCUACGAGGCUAGGGGCUUUUUCACAGAUAGCCAGUAUCCAGCCUAUCUAGCUGGCCGGGAUGCUGCUGAGCUAGAGACCCUAUUUACCCUACAGAGCCCGGAGCAGAUGAUCUGGCUCUCCGCUAUUAUAUAUCAGCUGAUUUCUCUAGGGAAUAGCUAUAUUCAAACAGCCUCUCCACAGACCCGAGCGGCUCUGAAUUCCUUUAGCCUAGACCCCGCUACCCAGGCUACAUUACGUCCGCUACGGGGUCUACAAAAUAAGGCCUCCAUCAAGAAAUAUAGCCUGAUUUUUCAGGCUUUAAUUCAAUUUUUACUACGUUCUUAUCUCUCUAUCGAUGGCGGCGGCCCUGCAAGCUAUCAGGGUCUUUAUACUCUACAACCGCGGCAGCUAGCUGGCCUAGCAAGCCUAGAUCACUUUUUACAGGCUUUGCCACCUCCAUCCGAGAGCCUAGCUGCCUAUCAGCCAGCUUCCUUCCAGCCUAAUGAUCUAUCUGAUACAGGCUCCGAUACAGGCUCCGAUACAGCCAUCUAUCUAGCUGGCCAGCCAUCUGAUUUCUUACUUCAGAAGGCUUUGGCUACCCCAGCCUGGACUAAGGAGAUAGCAGCCGAAGAUAGACCUGAUAUAGAGCUCUCCCGGUCUAAGGUUCUAGGCUAUCUAGAGACUAGCAGCAACUGGCUAAAGGGCCUUCUAACCCUAACCCAUAUAGCUAGCGGUGCACCGGCUAGAGGUACAGAGAUAAAUCAGGUGAUCUGGCAAAAUACAGCUACCAACCAGCGGAAUUUAUUCCUAGAUCCAGUGAACCAUAUCUUCCUAAUCCGGCUAGCCUAUUCGAAGACCUUUAGCCGAAAUGGCCAAGAGAAAGACGCUGUACGGGCCUUACCACAAUCAAUCUCGUGGCUACUUUUAGCCUAUCUGGCCUAUAUUAGGCCAUUUGAAGAGGGCUUGCUGAUCUGGCUGCAUAAGCGGCUGCCUGAGGCCUAUUUUAUACUAUUCUAUGAUUACCGGACAGCUCAGCCGUUCUCUUCUAAGAUACUCUCACAUACACUGAAGAGUAUGAGCUCAGAAUUGAUUGCUCAGCGGAUCAAUAUAAAGGUCUGGCGGCAUCUAAUGCAAGGCUUUAUCCGUUAUGGGCUUGGUCUAGCCGAUCCGCUGGCCGAUUUGGGUACAGAUAGGCUAGAUGUGGAAGGCCUUGGAGCCGAACAGAUGAACCAUUCUCGUGGAACCGGCUUAGCUGUAUAUGGCCGAAAUAUAGCAAGCUUCCAGGGUAUCAGAGCAGAUAUCCAAACAGCUUUGAUUAGCUUUAGUCAACAAUGGCAUACCUAUUUGGGUAUAUCAGCUGAUCAGCUUAUAUUAGGCUCACUGUUCUAUAAUAGGCAAUCUGUGAAGCCCAAGGCCGAAGCCCAAGCCCAGCUAGCCUCUUCUAGUCUUCCAGAGCUUGUUUUACUACCCCUAGAGAGGCCGGUUGUACAAUAUCACUACCCUAUCCGUUUAGGGGCAGUCAGGCCUACCAAACAGGUUAGCCUAGGCUAG